AUGGCCAGCCAGAGAACCACCAACGAUGGCGAAGGUCUCGAGCUUCAACAACCAACAACCGCGGGAGACGAGGGGACACCUCGCGAGCAGCUGCGGGAUCAUGACUAUCCCACUGGACUGCGGUUUAUCCUUUUGACCAUUGGACUGGUAUUGACGAUUUUUCUGUCGGCCCUGGACACGUCCAUCAUCUCGACCGCCAUACCAAAGAUCACGGAUCAAUUCGGCACGGUCAAGGACGUGGGCUGGUACGGAUCGGCCUAUACCAUUUCGAACGCUGCGUUUCAAUCAACAUGGGGGAAGGCUUAUAAAUACUUCUCGUUCAAAUGGACCUUCUUGCUCACAGUUUCCAUCUUCGAGCUAGGCAACGUGAUUUGUGCCGUGUCUCCCAGCAGCUCAGUUUUGAUCUUGGGAAGAGUCAUUGCCGGCAUGGGUGGUGGAGGAGCCAUGACAGGAGCUUUCAUCAUCAUCGCCUUCAGUGCCAAACCACAAUACAGGGCCGCGUAUAUGGGGGUCCUGGGCUUGACGUUCGGCUGUGCGAGUGUCGUUGGGCCUCUCUUGGGAGGCAUCCUCACCGACGGACCUGGCUGGAGAUGGUGCUUCUGGAUAAGUUUACCCGUUGGAGCCCUGGCGGCGACUACAACCGCUCUCACCGUCAAAGUGCCGUCGGUGCCUGAGUCCAUGCAGGUCUCGUUAAAAGAGAAGCUGAUCUCGUUAGAUCUAGCCGGCAGUCUACUUGUCUUGGGCUCUAUGGCUUGCCUGGUGCUCGCACUGGAGAAAGGGGGAGUCUCAUCCCCGUGGAGCAACUGGCACGUCGUCACCAGCCUGGGAGGCUUCGUGGCGCUGCUUAUCAUCUUCAGCAUCAACGAGUGGCGGAUGGGCAGUCGCGCCAUGAUCCAGGCACAUCUAUUGAAAAAACGAUCUAUUGCGGUCAGCCUGGUGUUUCAAUUUUUUAUUGCCGGCCUGUUUUUCCCACUAUCUUUUGCGCUGCCGAUCCAGUUCCAGUCAGUCGGAAAUGCAUCGGCGUCAGAAAGUGGGAUCCGCCUGAUACCUUUGAUCCUCGCCGUCUCCGUGUUUACCAUGAUCGCCAACGGGCUGCUGACCUUUUGGCGGCACUACACGCCUUUCCUCGUGAUAGGCGCCGUGGCAGGGACACUAGGGGUGAUCAUGGUUCACACUCUGGACGCCAGCGCUGGUCUCGGGUCGUGGAUAGGCUUUGAGAUCUUGACAGGCAUGGGUGUGGGUCUUGCUCUCCAGGUGCCAAUGAUCGCGAAUCAGGCGGCGGUAGGGAUCGAGGAUAUGGCCGCCGUGACCUCGUUGACGCUCUUCUGCGAAAACGUGGGGACCUCCAUCUUCAUCGCAGCCACUGAAGCCGCCUUCACCAAUGGGUUGGUCUCGGCUCUAGGGCACAAUGUCCCCCAAUUGAAUCCUGAGAUUGUGGUCAAUACGGGAGCGACCGAAAUCCGGCAGAUUUUUGGCAAGAAGCAAAUCCAGGGGGUUCUGAGGUCGUACCUAAAAGGCUGCCAGGCCAGCCACCUGGUGCCCAUGGCCUGUGGAUCAGCUGCCACUCUGGUGUCGAUGAUUGUUGCAGUGCCGUCAGUGAGUCAGUCAUGGGAGAAGUGGAAGCACAAAGCGCAUUCUCGGUAA